GCCAUGGCUGCUUUCCCUUUCACGGAGCUUACUCGCGUUCUUACCAGAAGUGGCGACAAUGGAGAAGAUGACGGCUUCAUGGACUUAGGAUCUUCCCUUCGCUCAUCGAUUGCAAAGAAUCUUUGGCCUUCCCAACGGAUAAGCUAAACUUCACCAUCUUCCUCCCUCUGUUGUUCUUGGCUCGCCUGCGACCGAUUAGGGUUCUGAAUUAUGGAGUGAAUGUAAAACAACUUUUUGUUUAAUCCCACUGAUUGAGCUCUUGGAUCGCUGCACAACGCGAUGAACGUGAGCCGGCCUUCGGUGCAUCCGGUGGAGGCGCCACCACUUACGGAAGGAGCGGUACACAAUGGGCCGAGAGUGAGAAUGAAGGAUGUACAGGGCAUGCCUGGAACACUAGGUGGACUUGCUCUUCGUCUUCUUCAGUUCGUAUUUGCUACGGUUUCUCUCUGUGUUAUGUCUACCACCAGUGAUUUCCCUUCCGUCACGGCGUUUCGAUAUCUUGUUGCUGCUGUUGGCUUGCAAUGCUUGUGGAGCUUUUCAUUAGCAGUAGUUGAUGCAUAUGCCUUGUUAGUCAGACGAAGCUUGCGGAACUGCUCAAUAGUUGGUUUGUUCACCCUUGGUGAUGCAGUUACGUCCACCCUUACAUUUUCUGCUGCGUGUUCAUCAGCAGGGAUUACUGUUCUCAUAGGCAAUGACCUUAACAAGUGUGGUGUGAACCACUGUGCACAGUUUGAGUCUGCCACUGCAAUGGCUUUCAUUAGCUGGUUUGCUGUUUCUCCUUCAUUUCUCUUGAACUUUUGGUCAUUAGCUUCUCGGUGAGAUUCCAUAGCGAGAAAAUUAGCUUCUUUUUAGUAUUUGUCUCACCAACUACCUUUUGCUUAUAAAUUAGUACAAAUUUGGAAAUUUUGAUGUACACAUGUAGGUUUUUACUGGGUCUGAUUGAGAAUUGAGAUAAUAAUCAGUGAAUAAAAUCACCUUCUUUUUUAUUAGAAA